AAAAAAAAAAAAAAAUCACAAGUUACAUAUAAAUUAUAAUGACUAUUAUGAUAUUGCAUAAAGUCCAUCAAAAUCUCAUCAUUAUAAUUAGCAAAUUACUGUUACAGAUUAGAGUUAAGAUUAGCUGAAAUUAACUAGUUAAAUAGCUUUCAAUAUUGCCAAUCAAAACAUACGUUUUCACCUGACCAAAAAUCCAAACAUUAACUAACAAAUAUUUCUUAACUCCCAAAUCAUAUGUAAAAAUGUUAAAAACAUAAAUAAAUAAUUCCAGCUAGCUUUCAUGGUACUAGAAAUCCCAACUCUAUAAAUUAGACACAUAUUUUCAUUCUUCCCUACACAAAAUCCUCAAAAAAUCCAAAAACUUUUCCCUCAAUCUAAAAACAAGAAGAAGAAAAAAGUCGAUCGCUAUGGCGAAAAAACCAAGCAUGGGCAGACAAAAGAUCAAAAUCGAGAAAAUAGAGGUAAAAAACCACCUACAAGUCACCUUCUCGAAACGCAGAUCCGGUCUAUUCAAGAAAGCCAGUGAGCUCUGCACACUUUGUGGGGUCGAAAUCGCAAUUAUCGUCUUCUCACCAGCUGGCAAAGUUUUCUCCUUCGGCCACCCCAAUGUCGAGUCCAUAGUCGACAGGUUCUUGCCUCGAAACUCUGCCACUAACAACAACACCAAUAUUAAUAUGAAUAUUACUAAUAAUAACGGGGGCCCGUAUCAUAUUAUCGAGGCUCAGAGAAAUGCAAGUGUUAGAGAACUGAACUUGCAAUUAGGGCAAGUUACGUACGAACUCGACUUGGAAAGGAAAAGGGGUGAGAAUUUGGACAGCAUGAGAAAAAAAAAUGAGACGCACUAUUGGUGGGAGGCGCCCGUGGAGAAAUUAGGGUUAGAGGAGCUGGAGCAGCUCAAGACUGCAAUGGAAGAUCUCAAGGAGAAUGUGAGUCAGCAGUUGACUAAGAUGAUGAAUAUUCCUUCGAAUAUUUACAUGUCGAAUAAUAACGGGGUUUUCGACCAAUACGAGAGUAAACCUAGCCAGCUGGCGAUUGUGGCUGAUCAUGAGAAUAAUAAUGUUGAUCAUGCCAAUGCUGGUUUUGGUUAUUGCCAUGGAUUUUUCUGAAGCAUGUAAUCUUUAUAAUUUGAUCAUUAGUUUUUGGUUUUGUGCUAGUACCUUACUAGCUUUUUAUUAUUGAAUAAUCAAUCAUGCUUAUGUUUGAAUUAUUAUGAUGA